AUGACGAAAACGCGGGUACUGGAUUCUCUGGGUGUGCAGGCAGCAGGCUUGCUGUGUUCGUACACGAUAUAUGGGUAUCUCCAAGAGAAGAUCAUGUCGGGAACAUACGGUGAUCACAGGUUCAGAUCCACAGUGAUUCUAGUAGCUUUUAAUCGAAUAGCUGGAAUUCUCGUAGCGAUCUAUCUUCAAUCGCACGUACUGAAGAACUCAAUCAAACCUCGACAUCCACUCUAUGCUUACGCAUCUGUAUCGCUUUCCAACUUCCUUUCUACCCUGUGUCAGUACGAAGCUCUCAAUUAUGUUAAUUUCACCACUCAGACUCUCGGUAAAUGCUCAAAGAUGGUUCCUGUCUUGCUGCUUGGGGUAUUGGUAUACGGAAAGAGAUACAGAUGGAGGAAUUAUGCUGCUGUUCUAUUGGCCACGAUAGGCACGUCUCUGUAUAUGUUCACUACGAAUAUCAAGUCAUCCGAAACGAAAUUCUCUACAGCUCGAGGUAUUAGUCUUUUAGUUGGAUACCUCUUAUUCGACGCGCUCGCCAGUACCACGGAAGCGAAACUGUUUCAGAAGGGACACGAAAGAUCUAGACAAAAGGACAGAUCAUCGAGAGAUUUGAAGGGAGGAUCGUCGAAGGAUGAGAUGGUUUAUGAUCAAAUGUUAUGGACGAACAUAUGCUCGUUGGUCAUAUCUGGACUAGUCAUUAUGACCGACAAGAAACAGUCUCUCCAGGGCUUCCUUCAGAUAGCUCUCUCCCCAUCUGGCCCUCGACUCUUAUUCGAUAUCGCCCUCCUAUCCUUAUCAGCAUCCAUGGGCCUCAUCUUUCUCCUAACGAUCAUUGCCACUUUCGGAGCUCUGACAUGCAGUACACUAAUGACUAGUCGACAAUUCUUGUCUAUCGUCCUAAAUGGUAUAGCCUUCAGAAACGGGAAGAAUGUCGGGAGUCUGGGGUGGAUCGGAAUAGGAUACGUUGCUAGUGGUGUACAGCUGGAAUUGUCAAACAAAAAGAAAAUCCAGGAGGAAAAGAAUAGUCCGCCCUUAUCGCCCACCAAACAAGGUAAAACGAACACAGCCAGUAUUGAAACCAUUGCCCAAUACUUGUUCUUACCUAUCAUCGGAGGUAUAAUCGCUCAUCUCCUGGCAGUAACCCUCAUACCGAAUCAAGUCUCCAGCACAACCAACUCUUUGGAGCUGUUCCCUACUAGCUCGUCGUUCUUUUAUGGCAACCAGACUUAUUCGAGGUCCGAUAUUCAGAAAUUAAGCAUAAGCACUAGUUGUCCCGAACCUCCGAAGCGGUCCUUCUAUCCCCUUAAAAUACCUAGGACUGCCCUUGCCAGUUUCCCUCGAUCUGGAAAUACCUUUACUCGAGAAUUGGUAGAGCACAGUACAGGCUACUAUACUGUCGAUGUCUUCUGUAAAUCACCUCAUUGGUAUCGAUCUCAUCAGAAAUACUUUGAGGAAGCUUGUACACAUCCCGAGAACAAUUUCUUGGUCAAGACUCAUGCACCAGAAUUCACAUCAUACGGUGAUGACAAUUCCGAGUGGUCCCCUCAAGUAGAAGAGUUUGAACGAUUCGUCCAAGUCGUACGUAAUCCUCUAGAUUCAUUGUGGAGUUUCUGGCAUUUCCUACGAAACGACUUGAACCACACUUCUCGAUCGGAUGGGAUCGACGUAUUGGGUCUACAUCAUCUAUCUGAAUUGGACCUGAUGGCCAAUGCUUGGGUUCAACAUACGGAUUAUUGGAUGAAUUUGGAUAAACCUAGAGUAAUGAUUCGAUACGAGGAUUUCAGAGGACCCGAUCAGAUUCAACAUCUAGCUCGAGUACUAAAAACCCUUCUCCCCCCUGGGGAAUUACCAAGUAUAGAGAGAUUGGUAUGUGCGGAUGAUGAUAGGAAAGUAGCUUAUCAAUCUAGAAAGGCGAAAGCUUUUUACUCUUGGGAUCAUUAUGAACCUGAAGUUAGAGAUCAUAUACUGGAUGUGGUCAAGGGACCUUGGUGUAGAUUGGGUUUCGAAGAGAUGUUGAGGGAACAAAGAGGUAUAAAAGGUGUGAAAUGUGGAUAG